GUUCAAAGUUGGACCCCAUUUCAAAAGGGCAAAAAGAGGCGCCAAGGUUACAAACCAAACUAAACUAAAAAAUUUCAAUAGAAUUCUCGCGCAAGUAUGUCGAUUUUACCUAGCUACAUCUAAACUUCGCUCAAAAUUACAAUUAGCGCUCUUUCCCGCCCACAAAUAUAAAUAGCUUUGCGGUUCCUUCCACUUUCAAAGCCAAAGCAAAGCAAAAUUCCCCACGUAAUAUGGCGCCCAAAAGGAUCUCGCCUUCACUUCCAUCUCCAAUCUCAAUCGGGAACUGCGAGGUUGUUGUUGAUGCGAAGAAGUUCACCUCUAAAUUGGAUGAGAACAGCCUUCAAAUCACUCUCUCCAGAUACGCGAAAAUCAGAAUAUCAGUAGUAGAGGAUAAGGAUAAAAAGAGCUGCAAUGAUCUCCAUAAUCCUGGAACUGAGGAAAGUUGUAUAGGGAGUGGUGACUUUGUGCUCUUCAACCCCAAAGAUGUAGGUUGCCAAUCCAAGUCUCAGCUUCAGGAAGUACUUAUGAUAUAUGCGAAAGAGCUACCUGCCAUGAAUUAUGCUGCAAAUACUGGAAAGCAAUCGAUGUUCCUUGAAAGAUGUGUUUCAAAUGGUAAAUAUUGCACAUUACUUCUCAAAUCCAAGUCUAAAGAAGAUUCUGGAGAGGUGGUUGCUGCAAUUACUUAUCAAAUAAUUCCCGCAGAUACCCAAUAUGCCGAGGUUCCCCUCACAGCUGUUAGCUCAAUCUACCAAAGGAAGGGGAUUGGAAGCCUCCUGUACAGGGAGCUGAAAAAGAGAUUGCAAAGUGUUGGUAUUCGUACUAUAUUUUGUUGGGGGGACAAGGAAUCUGAAGGAUUUUGGGUUAAACAGGGUUUUGUGUCGAUAGGUGAGGUUGAUUCCAAAGGUAAAGCUCGUAGGCUGCCUAUUAAGGCUGACAUUCGUAGGGCAUUAUGCUUUCCUGGUGGGUCGACCCUCAUGGUUUCUCAUCUUAACAUGGGCACCUCAGCUAACCCUGAAGAGCUGCCAAAGUUUUGUUCUUCAUUAAGGCGUACUGAGCAUUCUUUGCCCUCUGCUACCGUUCACAAUUGUACUCUUGGAAGUAAGGAAGUAUGUUCUGUUCCUUCCGAGGCGGUGAAUCAGAUAACAGCCAUAACUGAAUACUCUCAUCCUCAAGGCCCGGUGAAAGAUGGAUUUCAAGUGGAUGGUACACGUGGCCUUGUUCAUUUGGGCAUGGAUUACAACAAUAUGGCUAACUGUUUAGGAGUAACUAAAUUUGGAGUCGAUACUGAUGUGAAGCAUUGCUCAUGUUCUUCAGGAAGUGGAAAAAAGAGGGUUUGGGAAUCCUCAUGUACAUCACUGAAGUCAAAAAAAGUCAAGGGCGGUUAUCAAGUUGACUGUGAAUUAGAUUCGUUGGAUUUUGUUUCAGAAAGUCAUGGAAUAUCCUGUGAUGGACCUUUGGCAGUAGUGGCUCCUAGGGAUCCCUUCAGCAAUAGUUUCACGGAAAAGACAACUGAAGAAUGCCAACUAAAUAUUUUCUUACAAGAUCAUGGCAACCAGGAACCAGUAUCGAGAGGAAAAAGCUUUAGGAUCAUGUUGAUGAAUAUUGCUAAUGAUGCUAAGAAAUCAACUCUAUCCAAGAUUAUUGAAGACCUUAAUGGGACUGUCACCUCUGAUGGAAGUCUCUGCACACAUGUAGUCACAGGGAAAGUGAGAAAAACUUUGAAUUUCUGCACUGCUCUCUGUUCAGGAGCUUGGAUAAUUUCACCUAGUUGGCUAAAAGAAAGUUUCCGGGAGGGAAGAUUUGUGGAUGAAAUGCCUUUUAUUUUGAAAGAUGAAGACUAUGAGUUGAAGUAUAGAAUUGAGUUGAAGUAUGCAGUUCAGAGGGCAAGAGAAAGACCCCAAGCUUUGCUUCAUGGCUAUAAUGUAUGCCUUGCAGCUCAUCUUCAACCCCCAGUUGGUACCCUAUCAGCCAUUAUAAGGUCUGCUGGUGGAAAUGUAAUCCGUGGAGUAGACAAAUUAAAUCAAGCAUCAAAGACCAUCUUUUUGGUGUGUGAAGAGGACAUGGAGGAAGCUCUUUCAGCUGUGAAGAAAGGAAUAUGGACUUUCAGUAGUGAUUGGUUUAUGAACUGCAUCAUGAAGCAAGAACUAGACUUGGACGCCCCACAGUUUGCUGAAUCCCUCUAAUUGCACCCAGAAGUCAAGCCGAGCAACUCAUGACAACAGUAGCGCGAAUAAGUAAAAUAAUUACUUGUCAACAGGAAUAGCAACAUAAACUUAUGUAUCUAUUGCUUAUAACGUUAUGUUGCAAACUAGAAGGUGUGUAGAUAACCAGAUGUCAGAAUUGCAAUGCAAAUUUUUGGGAAGAGAGUAGUUUUUGGUGCCCUUUUGUGUGUCAAUUCCCCAGUUGUGUGCAUUCGUGGGUGAAUUCCAUACUGGAAUGUAACUUCAGAAGAAUGAUCAAAACGUCUAACUGGAAAUUAUUGUCAGCUUAUUAUGAUUUUGAAUUUGUGGUAGA